UAGAAAGGAGAGGAGGAGAAAAGACUCAAGGGCUUGUUAUGGAGUUCGUGUGAAAGAAACACGGAUUUCCACCCGUCUUUACCAGUUAAACCAGUAUCUCUGGAUAGAGCACACACAAGUACUUCAACAGUUUUUACCCUUGUGGUCCCUGAUGGCUUCGCACAGUGAUACUCUGGUGGUGUUCUUUGGGGCAACAGCUGGUGCAAAUGGGGGUAAACUGGGUUCGGAUGAGAGGGAAAUAAUUCUCUUGGUGUGGCAAAUUGUGGAUCUACAUGAGAAAAAGGUCGGGAAGCUUCAUAGAUGUCUUGUCAAGCCAGACACUUUAGAGCUGACAGACCAGUGUAAAGAGGAGACAGGUGUGACUUUGGACGACAUCAUCAAAGCUGAGCCCCUGGACAAAGUUCUGCAACAGUGCCAGCAGUCAGUGUCAUCAGAAGUGAAAUGCCUCGGCAGAAGCUCCUUCACGCUAUGUGUCGACAGUCCCCUUGUCAUCCGACAGGCCCUCCACCCAGAAGCUUCCAAAAAGAACCUUGUCCUUCCUGAAUGUUUCUUUUCGUUUGUGGAUGUGAGGAAGGAGUUUCACAAAUGCUGCCCCAAUGCAAGCGCUGUGCAGAAGCUCACUCUCGCCUCCAUGUUGGAAUAUGUUGGUCUCCCUGCUGUGUCAGAGCAGUCGAUGGGGGUGAGGGAGGUGAGCAGCAUGGUGCAGCUGAUACUCUGUGUCCUGGCUGAGCCUUACAAUCACAAGUUCUCCUCUGUUGAAACAGUGAAGUACAAGUUCGAUUCCGGCACAUGCAGUAAGACAGAGCCGGUGGACAAUGAGACAGUGAUCAGAGCGCGGGGGCUUCCAUGGCAGUCUUCAGACCAAGACAUUGCUCGCUUCUUUAAAGGCCUCAGUAUCGCAAAAGGUGGCGUGGCCCUGUGUCUCAAAGCUCAGGGCAGGAGGAACGGCGAAGCCUUAGUUCGUUUCAUCAACUCAGAACAUAGAGACCUGGCCCUGGAACGCCACAAGCACCACAUGGGCAGCCGCUACAUUGAGGUGUACAAAGCCACAGGAGAGGAAUUCCUCAAGAUUGCUGGAGGUACAUCUAACGAGGUGGCCCAGUUCCUGUCCAAAGAGAACCAGGUGAUUAUCCGUAUGCGGGGGUUGCCAUUCACCGCCACACCCCAGGAAGUGCUGUCCUUCCUCGGUCCUGAGAGCCCAGUUACAGAUGGUCCGGAGGGUCUGCUCUUUGUCAAGUACCCUGACGGCCGGCCCACCGGUGAUGCCUUCGUGCUCUUCUCUUGUGAAGAGUACGCCCAGAACGCCCUGAAGAAGCACAAGCAGAUCCUGGGGAAGCGGUACAUCGAGCUGUUUCGGAGCACUGCAGCUGAGGUGCAACAGGUCCUGAAUCGCUACAUGUCUGCGCCUCUUAUCUCCACACUGCCUCCUUCACCCAUUGUGCCUGUCCCAGUCCUCGCCACGCCUCCCUACCUUCCAGCAGCCAGCAGCACUCGAGACUGUGUCCGCCUCCGUGGCCUGCCCUACACUGCCGGCAUUGAAGAUAUCCUGGAGUUCAUGGGAGAGCACACCAUUGACAUCAAACCCCAAGGAGUCCACAUGGUCCUCAACCAACAGGGUCGGCCCUCUGGCGACGCUUUCAUCCAAAUGAAAUCAUCUGACAAGGCAUUUAUGGUGGCCCAGAAGUGCCACAAAAAGACCAUGAAGGACCGUUACGUUGAGGUGUUCCAGUGCUCCACAGAGGAGAUGAGCAUCGUGCUGAUGGGAGGAACCCUGAACCGCAGCGGCCUCUCCCCUCCGCCCUGCAAGCUCCCCUGUCUGUCUCCCCCCACAGCCUACGCUGCCUUUCCCACCCCGCCCACCAUUCUCUCUGAGGCUGCCCUCUACCAGCCCCCCCUGCUGGCUGCCCCCAGACCAUCUCAGACGGCCACACACAACCCCGCUCACACUCUGGCCUACUACCCCCCUCAGCCACACCUGUACAUGAAUAUGAACAUGAACUACACAGCUUACUAUCCCAGCCCCCCAGUUUCUCCCUCCACAGUUAGCUACUUUGCAGCUCCACCAGGAGCAAUGGCAGCAGCAGUCGCAGCCCAACCCCACCCAGCUGCAGCCGCCGCCUCCUCUGUGUUGCCUCAGCCUGGCGCCCUGGUCAGGAUGCAGGGUCUGCCCUACAACACUGGAGUCAAGGACAUCCUCAGCUUCUUCCAGGGAUACCAGCUGCAGCCAGAUGCCGUUCUCAUCUUGUACAACUUCAGCGGCCAGUGCAGCGGCGAGGCCUUGGUCACCUUCCCUAAUGAGGAGAUCGCCAGGCGGGCCAUAGCUGAGCGCUCCAACCACCCUUUCUACGGCCAGCAGGUCUACUUGGUCUUAUGUAACUGACCACUAGCCCUUCAUCUCUUUCCUCCUCCUCCUCCUUCUUCUGUGGUUUAACCUCCCAUUGAAGAGCCCUCGCCUCCUAAAUUCAUUCACCAGCAGCUCUCCUUGUUGAUCCCGGUGCCACUUCAAACACCUGCUGAACCUCCCCCUUUCCCAUGAGCCGCCAUUAUUAAAACACAGCUGACACAGCUGGCUGUGACACUCCUGAAGCUGCUGUUGGAGUUCGGACAUCCACUGGUGAAGCAGCUGAUGUCAGUAAAGCUUCAUUUAUCGGCUAAUGACACGGAUGUCACACGUAGCAUUUCUGUGCGUCUUUACUGUAAUAGCUGGUUGUGGAGACUAGAUGGUGCGGAGCCUGGACGAAUACGCAUGUAUAUUUAAAUGCUCUAUAUUUGUUUCCCCGUACGACUGUACAGAUGUUCAUCCUGAAAUGCUUGAGGCUGUACAAACCACAUCUGCACAUGAUCUUUGUUGUAUAUUUCUAAAUUUUCACUCUUAACCACUACAAGUUUUUGACUUUUCAGAGUUUAUGAUCUUUUGUGUUGGCUCGAUGCAAACACAGAUGUGUGUAUGUGCAUGUACAAUGUUUAUUGAGUUGAUGGCCUCCAGCUGUGUGGUGGUGCCAUUGAAUAGAGAGAGAAAGAAGCCAUACGGACUGACUUCAACUACUGAAUACCAGAGGGAAUAUCAGCCUGUACUGCUCAGCUGACGUGGAGACAUUAAACCUAACGCUGAGCUGCAGCAACUAUUAGUUAAACUACAGCAACACCGCAGAAGUGCCAGUGUAUCAUCUAAUUUGUAACUUAAUUUUUGUUCUAUAAAAAGCAUUUAUGUGUGACACACAGCAUGUCUACCCAUUACGAUCUAUUCUAAGCACUGCACAUGUAUUUGCUCCAAUCUGAGUUAAGUGACAGAGCGUCUGUGACAGAGUAGAAUGACAAAUUAAUUCUAUUUUUAUGAAUCCCAUUAGCUUUUGUUAUGAAAUCUAAAAGAGGACAGGCAUAUCGUGAAGCCUUUUACAAUGAUCGACCUCAGCUACUAGAUCUCUUCUGUUUCGGUUUCCAGACUAUUUAUAACGAUCGGUCUGUAGCUGCUUUAAUUCCUGGUAUGACGACCGAGUACUGUGUGAAAGCUGCGUGAGUUUUUCCUGUGACAGGCCUGCCGACAGCUGUCUUAGUAUUUUUUCCCCUCUUUACUGUGCCUACAUUACCCAGAGUGCAAUACUGGCCCGAACAAGGCUAGAUUAACCUCUGGUGGCAGAGGAGACUUGUAUUUUUGUUGCAAGUUUGACACUAAUAUGUAUGUAUGUGUAUAAGACUGUAAACAAUAAAUGUUGACACUGA